CCUAAUUCCACAUUGUGAAAAGAGAGAGAGAGAGAGAAAUAACAAAGGAGAAGAGAAAAACAUUCUUAGUAGAAAACAAUGACCACCACCAACAUCACCGACAAGCGAUGGUCUUUGCAAGGAAGCACAGCUUUGGUUACUGGUGGCUGCAACGGAAUAGGACUUGGAAUAGUCAAAGAACUAGUAUCACUCGGUGCCACUGUUCAUGUAUGUGAUAAAAAUGAACCUGACCUGAUCAAACGUUUAGAACAAUGGGAAGAACAGCACCUUCCAAUCACCGGAUCAUUAUGUGAUGUUUCGUCGAGGGAUGAUCGGCAUAAACUCAUUGAAAAAGUCUCUUCUCUGUUCAAUGGCAAGCUUGACAUUCUGGUAAAUAAUGCGGGUGUGGUGCUUUUCAAACCAACUGUGAGUUAUACUGCUGAAGAAUUCUCAUUCAUUAUGAGUACAAAUUUUGAAUCAGCAUUCCAUUUGAGCCAACUUGCUCACCCUCUCUUGAAGGCUUCUGGCUCUGGUAGCAUUGUGUUCAUUUCGUCAAUUGCUGGGCUGAUUGGUGCCAAUAAUGUGUCUCUUUAUGCAACAAGUAAAGCGGCUAUGAAUCAACUCACCAAAAAUUUAGCUUGUGAGUGGGGAAAAGACAAUAUUCGAGCUAAUGGCAUUGCACCCGCCCUAAUUAGAACCCCACUUUUGUUACAGAAUUAUGGAAAUAAAAAAAUUUCAGAAAAAAUAACUCAUGUUCCUCUUGGACGUGCUGGUGAGCCACAGGACGUAGCUUCUCUUGCAGCUUUCCUUUGUCUUCCGGCAGCUUCAUACAUUACCGGUCAAAUCAUUUGCGUCGAUGGAGGCCGCUCGAUCAAUAUUUCAUAAUCAUGCAAUAGAAGAAAAUUAGAAUAUUGUAAUUUUAUUUUUUAUUAAAUAUGGAUA